UUGCAAGUGUGUGACUUGUGUGAAAUGGAGUCAGAACAGCAUAGGGCUAUUGGCAAAGAGGAAUUUGAAAAAGAACACUAUGAUAUGGCAGAAUACGCAUACACUACAGCUAUAUAUUUCAGUCCUGAAAGUUUUGUCCUAUUCAGCAAUCGAGCUCUGUGCUAUAUUCGGAUGCAGAAAUACGGGAAGGCUUUGUCAGAUGGAAAGAAAGCAAUUAUACUUAAAAACACCUGGCCAAAGGGUCAUUACCGGUUUUGUGAAGCCCUGUUUGCUCUUGGAGAAAUGGAGCGGGCAAUUGCAUCCAAUGAGAAAGCACAGGAAUUGUGCCGAGACUCCCAGGAGGGUAUCAAAGACUUGAUCCAACAGCAUAGCAGAUUUAGAAAGCCGAUGAAAGGAGCUUCAGGAAUCCCUGUGCUGAAAUCUAGAAAGAAAUCAACCUCUGACAAAAAAAUUGACACACAGUCGGCUACAGAUAAAGAAAGUAAGGGCCUUCAAACCACUGCAGUAGAGGAAACUCCACCAAAGGAGACCGCUAAUACAACUAAUGUGGGAACGGAAGAUGGCUUGGAAAGCGCCUCUGUGCUGCAGCACAAGAAAGGGAAAUCCAAGGGAAAAAACUGUGAAUCGAAUGAAAAAAUAAAGGCUGUAAAUACAAAAAAUGACUCCAAGGAAGCCCAGAAGAUUUUAUCUCCUCCCCACACACAGAUGGAUCUGACCUUGGUAGCGGAUAUGGUGAAGUCUCUUGUGCGUGAUGCUCAAGAAGCUCUAUCUGACCAGCGAUGCCACAGCGCUGAGGGAAUGCUCUCCCAGGUGCUAGAAAUAUUGAGCCAGCACGAUAUCCAGAGCCUUCGCCUUACUAAGAUAGAUCAUGUUAUUCUCAUAUAUGGACAUGCAAAUGCUCUACUUGGCAUUAGGAAAUGUGUGGAAUUGGAAAGGGCUGAAAGACGCUUAAAGGAAAUUAUCCAACAGCACUCUAAAGAAAGGUUUAACUGUUUGGCUUUCUAUUGCAUCGGUAACGUUUAUCUCAAGCAAAAUCGGUUUUCUGAUGCUUUGAAUCAAUAUGUGAGGUCUAAGACCAUGCUGAUGCACAAGAUGGUUCCAGGAGUGCUAACCUGGCCAACAACAUCUAUUGUCAUUGAAGAGACCAGGCCAGAAAAAUUACAGAUUCUCUUGGAUAACCGCAUAGAGGAAUGCAAAUUUCCACCUAAACCCGAUGCGGUUUGCCGCUUUGAGCAGUGUUUGAGUUUACCUAAAAUCCAGAUCUAUUUUACAGACCCUGAUUUCAAGGGCUUUAUCCGUAUGGUGUGUUGUCAGUACUGUAUAGUUGAAUUCCAUGUUUGUUGUUGGAAGAAGUUGAAGGCCACUGCAUAUUCUGAUAAGAAUGACAAGGAUUUCCUAAGAUACUCCUGUCUGACCCCAGACUGCAGAGGACUUAUUUCUCAUAUUGUAAUAUAUGAUUCUACAGGGGAAAUAAAAUGUGAGUUUGAAGAUAAAAUAGUAAAGAAGAAAGAACCACAUAAACCUGCUGUAAAACACAAAGGCACAAGUGGCAAAAAACAUAAAGCUAAGCAUGAAAAUAAAGCAGAGCGGAAGAAAGUAUUCGAGGAAGAACACCUAGAUCAGCCACAUAGUGGUAAUAGAGGGAAACGUCUAGAGAAGAUUCCGCCUGAUCCAGUUGUGAGUAAUGGCUACCAUAUACCAUGGGAUCCUUUGUUGAUGCAAGUAAUACAGAAACAGCAGCUGAUAAUUAGGGGAUGCCCAUUAUCCUUUCCUAAAUUUUGGGACUCUAUAGCUGCAUGGAGAGUUAUAAGUGUACAAGAACUGAGCGAAUUUGACAAGCAUGCCAGCCUACCACCUCCGUCCAGUAACAAGAUGAAAAAUCUUCUCAAUCAUCUCUACAAGCUAAACGACAGAGUCAAAAUCAGAGUUCUUCUCUAUCUGCUAAAAGUUCACCAUGAACAUAUAUCUAGUGAUCUGCACAAGUGGAUCUUGAUGAUAGAUGAAAAAGGUCUGCAGGCUGCAGAAGGUUUCCGCAUUCGCAGUCAAGAACAUUUGAAAAGUAUUAAACCCCAGGAUCUCAUUAGCUUAUGGAAUGCAUCUUAUGGGAAGAACAUAAACCAUGAAAUAGCAGAUUCCUUAUCCAACAGCCUGUAUGACACCCUGUCUAAUAUGAGCAUACAGGGUUUUCGGUGUUUUGUGUGGUUUCUUGAGGAGAAUCGGAACAUUGAAUCUGUAUCCACCUUAGGAAAAGAAUUAGAUAAAUAUUUUCAAGAGAUGGGU